AUGAUCGGACAACCGCUCUAUUGUUCGCCGUAUUGCCUGCUAUUGUUGCGCCAACUGCGCUAUGCACUGGCGAGAGUUAGUACUUAUUCUAUGACUGUGGCGUCAAUUCAUUUUCCCGACCGCUCGAAACUACAUCUUGAACGCGACUUCUGCCAGAAGACUCUCCUUUUCUUUCAGCUUCGACAUCAACAACCUCGAGACAACACGACCGCUAUUCUGCAUAUACAAACUGAGACAUCUCCAAACACCUGCUCAGCAUACCAGAACCUGAACACAAAUUCCCGCCGCCGACGCCGACGCCGACUCCACUCACUCACUAUGCCUCCUCUCUCCGGACCUAUCGACUUCGGCUCCAAGCGCUCCGAGCAGAGCACUCUCAAGCGCAAGGCUGAACGCCAAGACUCGAGGGCCGGCACCAAUCAGCCUAAGCAUCGCAAAAUUGCGCUUCUCAAGAAAGCACCAACGCAGACUCAGCAAUAUGGUGUCGACUUGGACCAUGAGGAUUUUCAAGGCGUCGCCGACGACAUCAUCGAAAAUGACCUCGCCGCCGAGGAGAGUAGCCGAAUGGAGUUGAUGCGGCAAGUCGGCUACGAAAAUGACGUGGAUGUCGCCCUCGACGCUGGCCUCUUCGACGAUGAUGAUCCUGAUGUCGAAGCUGCUAGAGCAAAGUUGCUGGCAGUCAAGCAGAAAGAAGCCAAUCGAACGCAGCGCGAGUGCAACAAGAUCUUGCACAACUUGCGCCAAGCCCCAAAGCACUUCUCCUACGCCAACAAUCACGCUGUACAGCCGGUCAAGAAGCCUAUCGGUCUCGCUUUGCCGCCCAAGUCAAUCGCCUCGUCUAAGAAUGCAAGCCUCGUCAAGCACGAGUCUGGCCCUUCUUCCACUUCACGUCAACCCAAUAUGUCGAAUGCUAUACCCACAGACAAGUCGGACUUUGCAGCUUCCACCAACAAGGACCCUCGCCUCACCAACCCUGAUUACUUUGCUGCCCCAGAUGUGCUCGGUGUUCGUCCAGGAACCGUCUCCUCAGUAAACAGCAUCCUCUCUGGCUACAAGGGCCGCAUUGCCAACCCUGCUCCACCAGGCGCAAUACUACCUAAUCCUACUACAGUCUGGCAGAAGAAUGACGCUAAGCGUCGCCAGGAAACCAAAAACUUCAUUCCUCCACCGCACUACGCUCCAUACCAGAUCAGCGAGAAUGCCAAUCUGCGUCGCUACGACCUCCAGAACAACUCCAAGGAGAUUCCAUUCAACAAGGAGGUCAUCCAUGCCAAUAAGAAUGGAAACGUCGAUCACUACGACCUGCAAGUUCUCAAAGCUUGGCUUAGAAUCCAAGGUCAACCGACCACUGGCACCAAAAUCCACAUCGAGGGCGCCAUCGACAUCUUCUUGUCCGAGCAUGGCUCCGAACUCGAUGAUAGGUACGGCACUGCCGCCAUGGCCGAGAAGAAGUACGUCGCCAAGAAGGUCAAGGUCGAGACGAAGCAGAAGCCUGUCACUCCACUCGCUGUCGCUUCUGCUUCUGCGCCAACCAUGACCUCUACGCCGCCCGCUUCCGUACUCACUGCUUCACCGCAGACAGCUCCCACGGAGCGCUCUCUACCCCCAGCAGCCGCCAUGGAAGACGCCGUGCACGCCAACAACGCCGCCAAGUGGGACGAGCCGCUCCUCACCGUCCCCUCAAUGGCUAAAGCGGGUACUCCCAGCGCAAAGGCCGUCGUCCAGGCCAUCCAGCGCAACAAUUUGGGCUCUUUCAGCGCUCCUUCUCUUCGAGAGUUUGCCCGUUUCGUGCUCGACGCUCGCGAAGCCACGUCAAAAGAUAAGAAGGAGCAGAGCAUCCAUCACAUCAUAAUGUGGUAUGGCUACAUCAAGAAGAAGGUUUGGUUUGCGGAGGUGUAUGGCGAGGAGGUCUGCCGUGGUCCUGGCGCGAGAUCCGCAGCUGCCAAUGGUCGUGGCCAGAAUGGAGAUGCGGCUGGUGGGUACCGGCCCAAGUCACCAGUCCUAGCCAAUCGUUCUGGACUAGAGGUCGUUGCGGUGCUGCUGGUGUCUCUUCUUCCUUCGGGCGUCUGGAAUCUGUACUUAGCUGGACCGAAUGACAAGCGAUUUCGAGCUGCAUUCCGCCUCUCCCUUACUACAGUGUUUACGUCGCGAAUCGCCUCUGUGGCCCUAUUGUGCUUUCUGGAGCGCAGUACGAGUAAAUCACCUUCCUGUCUAUGUCUUCGCACUCUGAGCAAGUACUGCGAUGCACGCGUCAUAUUGGUGUCUGGCCUCGCUGUGGUAUUUGGAGUUCUCCAUGACCGAACAGGCUUUCACCAACACCUGGUUAAUCCAUACGUCGCCCUUACGACUGAGAGAAUAGUACUAGAGUACCUCCAGAGGCGUAUGAAUUCCCGCAGAAGUGUCGGGAUGAAGCGAACCCAGCAGCGUAAAACCAUUCACUCAACCCCACGCUACUUCUCGGAAGCCUUCAACUUUCUGUGCAGCAUCCACGCCAAAUGCAAUCCUUUCGUCGUUCGGUCUCGCAACAUGCAGCGACCACAGAAACGAGCGAAGACUUCUCGUACUCGAGCCACAAUUGAGGCUGCGACCUCGGCGGCUCGCGCCAGAAAUGAAGCUGCCGCAGCAAUCAAGACAACAACUCCCGCAGGGGAAGGGGCCAUUGCGAUGUACGAAUACACUCUUCUCUCAAAGAUCUACGCCGACUCGAACAUCAAUCCACUCUCGGCAUCAUUAGUGAUGCAGCGGAGUGAUGUCGGCGAAGACACUUGCAGGCUCGGUGGCUACGUUCGUGGGUCACAGCACUCCGAGAACUUCCAGCAUCGAGUCUGCACCAUCGCAAAAAAUCUGCUGCAGGGCGAAAUUGGUGGACGCAUACCACAGAAGCUCAUAGAUGAGACUAAUGCGAUGUUCACGAGAUUUGCGCUGUCCACAUUCAUCCCUUCGCAAGGCCGACAUGCCGAGAUUGAAGCGUACACCUAUGGUCAGCUUGUGGAGUUCUUUUGCGAUGCAAUUGAAGUAAGAACCGCAACAGUGUACCAACAUCCUGAUGGCGAGACCGAGGUUCAUUGUGUGAUCGAAGAGGCAGAUGUAUUCGAUGUCCAGUUUGAACAAGAGCAGGCGACUCAAGACCAGCUCACUUACAUCACCUUCCGACGUACCCAGGCUGAGACUGCGCGCGCCAAAGCUGAGGCAGACGCGGCAGAAGACGCCAAAAACCGCCAGAAGUCUUCAGAAAUGAGCGAGGUGGCGGUCCAUCUUGAGAGUCUCAAGAAGAACCCCAUUCCGUACCACGACAAGCGCUUCACAGCUCGCGGUAUCGCUGCGUUCGGUACCAUCAAAGCCCUCGGGAUCUGCCUACCAACCAUGCAGUUGAAAAUCACUCGAAGCAACACAGGCGCGAUCACGGCUGAGGCGACUGGAUAUUCCAACGCAAAGCAUUACUGCGACGAGCUGCGCAAUCGUGUCGACGGCACCCUCACCAACGCUGGCGUCACACCGAUCUCUGACCGCAACGGGGUCCCUCGUUUCGGCGUCUCACCACUCAAGAUCUCCUACACUGCAACUUGCUACGGCAAAGAGGCGAAAAUGAUGCUCGGCCAACUACACGAGCUGACACCAACUCGAGAGCACGACGGGCAAGUGCGCGCUCUGGUAUCCGUGUCACACACGGGAUUCCUCACCGUUUCAAUCAGGAAUUUGGUGCUACCCGAAGACUUUUACAGGAUUGUGAAGGGUGCUAUCACGAAGGUGUACAGAGAGACCGAGGGUGCGCUUGAGCCUGACGAGAAGGAGUAUUGCAGGAAGAUGGAAGAGGCGACACGGAAGCGGAGAGAUGCGGAAGAAGAGGAGGAGAUGGCGAAGGCGUUGGAGUUGGAGUUGGAGCAGGAGAUGAGCAUGGAUGUCGCUAAGGCAGGGGAAGGGCGGCCAGACGAGAUGGCUGGCGCUGUUGGUCAAGAGGAAGACAAGAGUGGCGCGUUGGAGAUGAACGGUCAAGCCGAGGAAGGCUGUGCUCAAGGUUCGGCCGAAAUGAUGGGUAUGUGUGAUCGGUACAGCCUUGACGAUGAAGUAUGCGACACGGAUGACUUGCAGGAUGGCAUGGUCAAAUCAGUGUUCUCUCCGGUCGGCUUUCGCACCAGCCAGGCAGAGUCUGGCCAUGGAGCGAUGCAGUCCGUUGACCGAGCUAUUCGAGCAUUCAUGAAGCAGCAAUACCUCCCAGGAGAGUAUAAAGGAUGUCUCGAUACGCAGAUGCCGGCAAUUUGUGGCUCCAAAUGGGUUGCAAGAGAGAAUGGAGCACGGGAGGAUCUGAACUCGAGGUGGGGCUUCCCGUGUAAUUACGUAGAUCCCGCCAAGACCCUGUUUCCCCAUAUUAUUUCGCUUAAUUUCCGGGCUUCGCGUAUUUCGAGAUAA